CUUGAUCAGUGCAUACCAGGGUCUAGGGAGCAUGGGGGAUGUGAGGCUACAGAAGCCCUUGCUUUGAUCCUCACUGCCCCUAUCCUGGAUGCAGUGCCAAAUAAAAAGGAGCAAGUGAAGUAUCCUGGGCUUGGCUCCAUUCCUAUUGGAGGUUGAAGAGAGGGUAGGCUAAGGCCCUGUACCCCAAGGUCCAGAGUGAGAGCUACAGGCCAUCAGCAACCUUCCACAAAGCAAGGGCCAGAAUUGCCUCACUAGCGACAGAUAUGGGGCUUCCUAUUCGGGGACUCCCUGACAUCUCUGACCUUUGGAUGGGAGGAUAAGCCUCAUUUUAUAGAUGAGGAAACUUAUAGAUGAGUCUGAAUGAGAGACAUGGCUUGCCCAAGAUCAUAUGGCAGUGAGAAAACUAGGACACACUGCCAGACUGCUCACCACUGGGAGAUACCCAGUCUCCAAGCCCAGGGUAGAAGCUGGGCUAGCAGCAGAGUGACAUCUAAGGGUGUUAGAUUUAUAACGUAAGAUGAAAGAAGGAUGAACCUUGCCUAAACCCAGCCCUUCUCCAGAGGGAGUGGGUCUGUCCCUUCCUUAGCAAGGGGCCAUGGUUGCCUAAAAAGGAAAUAUCAGUAGUAUUUUAGUAUUUCUUAGUUGUAGUGGGUUGAAUGGUAGUCUUCCCUACACCCAAAGAUAUAUCUGCUAGGAAACUGUGAAUAACUUUAUUUGGAAAAAAAGUCUUUGUCAAUGUGAUUAAGUUAAAGAUCUUGAGAUGAGAGUACUCUGGAUUAUCCAAGUGGGCCCUAAAUCCAAUGACAAGUGUCUUUAUAAGAGUCAGAAGACACAGACACUGGAAGGCCGUAUGAAGAUGGAGGCAGGCUGGUGUGAUACAACCACAAGUCAAGGCUUGGAGCCACCAGAAGCUGAAAGAGGAAAGGAAGGAUUCACCCCUAGAGGCGUCAGAGGGCACAGCCCUGUUGACAACUUGAUUUCAGACUGGCCUCCAGACAGAUCUAUGACAAAAUUGAUUUCUGUUGUUUUAAGCCACUCAGGUGUGGUAAUUUGUUAUAGCAGUCCUAGGAAACUAACAAGACUAGUCAAGUGGAGAUACAUAUACUCUGAUCCAGCAACUCUUGCAUAAACGAACCAGGAAAUGCAUACAAGUGAGUUUACACCACUGUCGUGCCAAUAGCCGAAUGACCUGUCUGUUAACAGUAGAAUGGAUAGACUGGUGUGGCCAUGCAGUGGAAUUCAAACCCACACCAUACAUCACAGAUGCAUUUCACAGCGUGGAACAAGAACAAAUCACAAAAGAACAUACACAGCAUGACUCCAUUUAUGGAAACACCAAAGUCAGGCAAAACGAAGUGUAUUGUUUAGGGAUGCAUAUGUAUGUGGAAAACCUUAACAAGACAAACAAGGGAAACUUCCAUGUCAGGCUAGGGUUUCCAACCUAGGAUGAACAAUAGAACCCCUUGGGGAACUUAAAAGAUUGAUGCCAGGAUCUCCGGCCCAGACUGCUUAAAUUGGUAUCUUUGGGGUGCAGAAUCACAGGGAGGGUACAGCGCAUUUUUAAAGCUUCCUGAGAGGGAGGAGGAGGGGGUUCUACUGUGGGACCAGGGUUGAGAACUACUGCCCUAAUAAGGAAUAAGAGGCAUGUUUCUGUUUUGUGCCCUGAGUGGUGGUUAUAUGGGUGUCACUUUGUAAUUCUUUAAAUCCCAGAGAUGUUUAUGUACUCGUUGUAUGUUUGAUAUAUUUCAGUUUUUUACUAUAAAAGAUCUGAGAUCUUCAUUUCAAUAUGAAGUCCCCAGAGUAGUCAGAUUCAUAGGGACAAAGGAGAAUGGGGGCUACUAGCGGAUGGGAAAUCAGUGUUUAAUGGGGCAGAGCUUCAGUUCUGUAAGAUGAUGUGAUUGCACAACAGUGUAAAUGUACCUAAUGCCACUGAACUGUUCACUUAAAAAUGGUUAAAAUGGUAAAUUUUGCUAUGUGUAUGUUAUCACAAUUAAAAAAAACAAACAUUUCCUCCCAGCUAGAAUUAGGACAGAAACAGCCAAAUAAAAAGACCACAUAUUGAACUCAGCAGAAAGCGUGCUCCAUGAUACUCACUUUCUUAGCAAAUCUUCAAAACCAUACUAUGAGGCCCUGGCAUCUCUGAGCUGGAAUCAGGAAUCAACAAGGCAAGCCCUGACAACAAGAAGUUCACCCCGUGGACACAGAUCACAGCACACACAGCACACCACAGCCCACCUUGCUAAACCCUGUGCAGAUGCUGAGAGAGUAAAAGGAGAGGAGCUGAGUGAAAUCAGAGAGCAAGUUCCAGCAUGUGUGGUGACAGAAGGGUUGUGAAGAACUAGAAAUGCACCAGGAGGAACAGGACACACAAAAACGAGAUGGUGUUUGCUUCUGGAGAAGGAAUCAGGGGUGAGAAGACGAAUAAUGAUUUUACCCUUUGGAAUCGUGCUGUGCAGCCAUGUUCUGGGGGCUCUGACCCCACGGAAGUCCAUGGGGAGCCCCAGACUGGCAGCCCUGCUCCUGCCUCUCCUGCUGCUCAUUGGCCUCUCUGCCUCCUCUGGGAUUGGCUGCCCCUAUCUUCUGCACUGGAGCACCCACUGUCUGCUGGCCUCCCACAUGGAAGACGCACUCACUGGAGGGUCUGCUCAUAUUCCUUGCCAUACCCAGUUGGCCCUUCCUGUGUCUCUAAAGUCCUGGUGUGCUCAGCUCUGGCUCCCCGCCUGCUAUUUGCACCUGCAUCUGAUGUCAAAUCCUUCAGACCUCCAGGGGGGCUGGAUCCACUUCCUGGUGCAGAAAUACAAAAAGUCAUACAAGUUCCGGUUCUGUAGGAGACACAAGAUGCCAGCAUCUGCUCAGGCCAACCCUGUUCUCUGCCUACAGAGGGAGCUGCUGAAUAGCUGUUGCCUGUCUGAGAAGGGUCAUCACAUUGCUGUCCCCUUCCCAGACAUCUCUCACAAGGGAUCACGCUCUAAAAGGACCCAACCUUCAUAUGCAAAGGCAAUGGAAGGUCUCCCCAGACCCAGCUCACAAAGGCAUGGAGGGCCAGAGUUCUCCUUUGAAUUGUUGCCUGAGGCACGGGCUAUUCGAGUGACCAUUCCCCCGGGACCCGAGGUCAGCGUGCGUCUUUGUCACCAGUGGGCACUAGAAUGCGAGGAGCUGAGCAGUCCCUUCGAGGCCCAGAAAAUUGUGUCUGGGGGCCAUGCUGUAGACCUGCCUUAUGAAUUCUUUCUGCCGUGUCUGUGCAUAGAGGCAUCCUACCUGCAAGAGGACACUGUGAGGUGCAAAAAAUGCCCCUUCCAGAACUGGCCUGAAGCCUAUGGCUUGGACUUCUGGAAGUCAGUGCACUUUACUGACUACAGCCAGCACAGUCAGAUGGUCAUGGCUCUAACACUCCGCUGCCCACUGAAGCUGGAGGCCUCCCUCUGCCAGAGGCAGGGCUGGCAUACCCUCUGUGAAGACCUCCCCAAUGCCACGGCUCGAGAGUCACAGGGGUGGUAUGUUUUGGAGGGAGUAGACUUGCACCCCCAGCUCUGCUUCAAGUUCUCUUUUGGAAAUAGCAGCCACGUUGAAUGCCCCCGCGGGACUGCCCCAUCCUGGAAUGUGAGCAUGGAUACCCAGGCCCAGCAGCUGGUCCUUCACUUCUCCUCGAAGAUGCACGCCACCUUCAGUGCUGCCUGGAGCCAUCCAGGCUUGGGGCAGGACAGCUUGGUGCCCCCUGUGUAUAGCAUUAGCCAGACUCAGGGGUCAAGCCCAGUGACGCUAGACCUUAUCAUUCCCUUCCUGAAGCCAGGGAGCUGUGUCCUGGUGUGGAGGUCAGAUGUUCAGUUUUCCUGGAAGCACCUUUUGUGUCCGGAUGUCUCUCAUAGACACCUGGGGCUCUUGAUCCUGGCACUGCUGGCACUCACCAUCCUCUCGGGCAUUGUUCUGGUCCUCACUCGCCGGCGCCCACUGUCAGGCCCGAGCCACGCGCGGCCGGUGUUGCUGCUGCACGCGGCGGAGUCAGAGGCGCAGCUGCGCCUGGUGGGAGCCCUGGCUGAACUGCUUCGGGCAGCGCUGGGCGGCGGGUGCGACGUGAUCGUGGACCUGUGGGAGGCUACGCGCGUAGCGCGCGUGGGCCCGCUGCCGUGGCUGUGGGCGGCGCGGGCGCGCGUGGCGCAGGAGCAGGGCACCGUGCUGCUGCUGUGGAGCAGUGCCGACCCCAGUCUGGCCGGUGAUCCCGAUUCCGGCGCAGCGCCCCUGCGCGCCCUGCUCCGCGCGGCCCCGCGCCCGCUGCUGCUGCUCGCUUACUUCAGUCGCCUCUGCGCCAAGGGCGACAUUCCCCCGCCACUGCGCGCCCUGCCACGCUACCGCCUGCUGCGCGACCUGCCGCGGCUGCUGCAGGCGUUAGAUGCGCUACCUUCCACCGAAGCCGCCAGCUGGGGCCGCCUCGGGGCUCGUCCGUGCCUGCAGGGUCGCCUGGAGCUGUGCCGACGGCUGGAACGGGAGGCCGCCAAAUUUUGCCAACUGAGGCUGAGCAGAGACAGGCGUAGGGGUACUGGCUGGAACCCCUGAAUGAGCCUUCUACCCUUGAAUCCUUGGGGUGCCACCUCGGGACUACUGGCCAAAAAUCCUUACGCUGUCUGCCAACCUGGGAGCAGAGCACCUCCCUCACUGCCCCAGCCCCUUCCCCACGUGUGCCUGGCUUCUUCCUUAGGAUUACCCUUUCAGAACCAGCACGGAGAGUUGGUCUUUACUGAGGGCUCCACCGACCCCAGUCCUGUGGGGGUGGGGGAAUCUUCCCACUUCUCUUCAAAAUUCCGGAAAGAGUAUUUUGCACAUGAACCAGUCCAGGCUGGAGAGGUUGUGGGACAGGGGUAGAGGAGGCAGGAGCUAUGGCAGUUCUGAGCGAGGGAUGACUUCAGGGGGUGGGAGAAAACCCCUUUCUGAGCCAGGAUACUGCUUUCCCAGACUGGAGCCCAGCCCAGAGGAGGAUGGAGGGAGAGAGAGAGCCUGAUCAGGGAAAGAGGUUUCAGCCUUGAGUGGCCAGGACACAGGUGUGACUAAGAUCAAGAAAAAUAAAUAAAGGUGAAUAUAAUGGAUAAGCUAA